GAAGUGAGGUCACGAGUAGGCGCCGUCGCCUUUGCACAAUCUUGAGGCCCGCGGGGGACCCGUCUUCCCCUGAGCGACCAUGAGCAAACGGAACCAGGUGUCUUAUGUGCGGCCAGCCGAGCCGGCGUUCCUAGCCCGCUUCAAGGAACGGGUCGGCUACAGGGAAGGGCCCACCGUAGAGACCAAGAGAAUCCAGCCUCAGCUCCCAGAUGAGGAUGGUGAUCACAGUGACAAAGAAGAUGAACAGCCUCAAGUGGUGGUUUUAAAAAAGGGAGACCUGUCAGCUGAAGAAGUCAUGAAAAUUAAAGCAGAAAUAAAGGCUGCCAAAGCAGAUGAAGAACCAGCUUCAGCGGAUGGAAGAAUCAUGUAUCGAAAACCAGUCAAGCGUUCCACAGAUGAAAAAUACUCAGGUUUAACAGCAAGUUCAAAAAAGAAAAAGACAAACGAAGAUGAAAUAAAUAAGCAGGACUCAGUUAAAAAGAACUCACAAAAGCAAAUCAAAAACAGUAGCCUCCUUUCUUUUGACAGUGAAGAUGAAAAUUAAUAAGUAUAAACAUUUUGGACUGAGUCUUUAGGAGCAUAUGGGGUGUUUUUAAAAAUAUUUUUUCCUAUUAUAAAGAUAAUACAAGUGCAUUACAGGAAAUUUAGAAAAUAAAAGUUAGUAAGAUAAAAAUUGUCCACCUACCAAUACUCCUUUGACUUGAAAUGCUAACUGUAGACAAAAACUAGUAUAGUAUUCACUUUGUUAAAUCCCAUGUGGGGUGUGUAUGUAUGUAAGUUGUAUUUUUAACAAAAUUGAGAUUUUAUUGUGUCUGUUCUCUAUCCUGCUUCUCACUUGACAUUAUUUUUUGAGUAUUUUUUCCGGUUAGUAAAAUUCAAGCACCCGACAUUAAUAGCUACAUUAAUUUAACUUUGUAAUUAAACAGAUCCCUUAUUGUAUCUUUCUCAUUAGCAAAACCCCACUUUGGUGGGAGAGACAAUAAUGUGUCUAGGUAAGAAUACUUCCCUACCUCCUGCCAAGGGUAGCCACAUGAGAGUUCUGGCAAGCUAUGAGAUGUGAGUGGGUCUCCUACAGGUAAGGAUCUAAUACAAACGAUCUUGAUACAAAUUAGGAUCUAAUGUAGAACAUGGUGACUGUAGUUGGUAAAACUAAAAGAGAAAUACAAGUAGAAGUCUGCUUAAUAAAGCUACUGGGAUUUUUGAUACCAAAGGACAGAUUUGGCAAGCAUGAACCUUUGUCCAGUUUUACUGAGAAAUACAUAAAUCACUAAGUUUAAGGAGUAUGGCAUAAUGGCUUGAUUUACAUCUAUUGUGAACAGUAUUUGAAUAUUUUUAAAGCUUUUGAUGCUUACUUUCAAAUUGCUUUCUAAAGAGGUUUUUUACCAUUUUAUUCAUUUACCAUCUACAAGAGCCCGCUUUGCCUCAUCCAUGAUAACAGUGCACAAGCCAUGGGCUAGAGAACCUGUCUUUUGAUUUUUGUCAGUUUGGUAUAUUGAAAAUGGUGUUUACUAUUUAAAUUUAAUUGACAUUUCCUGUGAUUUACCAGGGAGGCUAAACUGUUUCUCAUAUUUAGCAGACUAUUUUGUAUUUCUUUGUCCAAUUAAUUUUUUGUUGAUUUCCCAUUAGUAUAGUCAUAUUUUUCUUAUUAAUUUGUAAAUUAUGUAAUCUAUC